CUUUUUAUUUUUAAAAUUGGACAUCUAUAUAAAUCUAAUAAAUAAUGGAAAAAACAGAUGAAUUCCACGAAAUUGGAGAUUAGUUUGUUAAUGGAAGGCCUCAAAAUACCUUUAUUGUUUUCCUCUUUAUUUUCCAUCUUAAUUAUCUCCAAUGCAGCAGACACCAUAACCAAAACCCACUCCAUUUAUGGCAACAAUACCAUUGUUUCAUCUGGUGGAAGCUUUGAAAUGGGUUUUUUCAGCCCUGACAAUUCCCGGAAUCAAUACCUUGGAAUAUGGUGCAAGAAAAUAUCUGUCAGGACUGUUGUAUGGGUUGCCAACAGAGAAAUCCCACUUGUCGAUUCGUCAGGCGUCUUAAAGAUAAUCGACCCUGGAAUUCUGGCCCUUGUCGAUGGUACUAGCAACACCAUUUGGGCUGCCAAUGUGACAAGAUCCACACAGGAUACUGUUGCACAACUUAUGGACUCUGGAAAUCUAGUUGUGAAAGAUGCCAAUGAUGAUAACCCAGAGCAUUUUCUGUGGCAAAGUUUUGAUUAUCCUGGUGAUACUUUUUUGCCAGGCAUGAAGCUCGGAAAGAACUUUGUAACUGGCCUAGAGCUCAAACUCUCUUCAUGGAAGAGCAGUGAUGAUCCAGCUAAAGGUGAAUUUACAUAUUGGUGUGAUCCUAGAGGAUAUCCACAAUUUUUUCUAAACAACAGUUCCGUUAAGUUCUACCGAACUGGACCAUGGAAUGGUAUCGGGUUUAGUACGACAAGAGUCUGGCAUAAUUCCGCCUACACAUUGGAAUUGGUAGUCACUAUGGACGAGCGUGAUGAAACACAGGAAUGGGUCCGUUUCCUGCUUUUUCCAACAGAAAACUGUGAUACCUAUAAUUUGUGUGGUGUAAAUGGUAUCUGUAACGUUGGAAACUCACCAGCAUGUAGUUGUUUGAGUAAAUUUGUCCCCCAGAACCAAACAGAAUGGGGAAAUGGGGAUUGGUCUAAUGGGUGUGUUCGGAGGACACCGUUGGAUUGCCAUAAUGGAGAUAAAUUUCUCAAGUAUUCCGGCAAUAAAUUGUUGGACACACGGUGUUCCUGGUUCAACACGAUCACGACCCUAAGGGAAUGUGAGAAGCUAUGCUUGAACAACUGCUCUUGUACAGCUUACACAAAUUUAGACAUAAGACAAGGUGGAAGUGGCUGCCUGCUUUGGUUUGAUGAGUUGAUUGAUAUGAGACAGUACAGUGAAGAUGGGCAAGACAUUUACAUAAGGAUGGCUUCCUCUGAGUUAGGUGAGAAUUCAUUCCAAACACCUAGUAGUAGUGGUUUUACCAAGCACACCAUCCCAGUUCUUUAA